UAAGUUAAUUUCGUAGCCCAUAAUUGACGCAAUAAAGAAAAUAAAAUGCCAACUUCACAUUUAAGAAAGGCUACUGGGGGCAAUUAAUGUCAACAUAAGAUUAGCCCCUUUUUCAAUACAAGAACGCAUGAUUCGAAAGAGCACUUGUAGUCCAUCUUCGGAACCGUAUUAACCAACAAAAAGCGCGAAAUGGGAUAUUUAAGUAUUUGAGGAAACUCCCGGAGAGGAAGUGGUCACGUGAGGCUCUCCCCUUUGUCCGAUCGAAGCGCCGCGUCAUCAACUAGGAGGAGAUUUUCGCUGUUUUCUUUUUGCUGACGAGCAAACACCUGGUCACGAUAGAAACGGACUUCGGUCGAGCGGCCGUAAACAUAGAGGCAGCGCGGGAUUAACGAUGGACUUUCGACGGGGUUUAGGGGUGGCUUGGUCUUUAUGAGGUGUUUGGGACUUCGAGAUUAACAUUUUUGAGAUGUUUACUUGCUUACAUGACGCAUGUUACAUCAACUGUCAUGAGCCAUGUUAUGUCAGCUGACAGGAGACCAGUAAGCGCUGGUGUCUGAGCUGUCACCUGACCCAAGAGGAAGCGGACCUGACCCCUCACUCCUCUAGGCAUCCAGCGCUCCCAGCAGCCGGCUCCCAUUUACCCCUCUCUACUUGCAGCUGGAGAACUCAUUCAUGGCUCGACUGGGGAAGUGAAAGCUCCCCUGGUUUGAGUGACUCCUUCGUCUGGAGACAGACUGUGUAUGGAGCGGUGAGGGGUCUGAGAGCAGCAGCAUGGCGGACCGGAGCUCUCUGCCCCUGCGGCAGAAGCUCAGCUACGCGGCCGGACACUUCCUCAACGACCUGUGCGCGUCCAUGUGGUUCUCUUACCUGCUGGUCUUCUACCACUCCGUGCUGGGCUUCCAGAGCACCUACGCAGGCGUGCUGCUGCUGUCGGGGCAGGUGGCGGACGGGCUCUGCACGCCCCUGAUCGGCUACGAGUCGGACAGGACGCCGGGCUGCGGGACCUACGGCCGGAGGAAGACCUGGCACCUCGUGGGUACGGUGAGUGUGGUCCUGUCGUUCGCCUUCGUCUUCAACCAGUGCCUAGGCUGCGAUGCGGCCACGCCCCAGUGGGUCAGCCUUCUCUACUUCCUGCCCUUCAUCGUGGUGUUCCAGUUCGGCUGGGCCGCCACCCAGAUCUCCCACCUGGCCCUCAUCCCCGAGCUCGUCUCCUGCAAGCAUGCCAAAGUGGAGCUCACCGCCUAUAGGUACGCCCUCACGGUGGUUGCCAACAUGGCCGUCUACUCCAUCGCCUUCCUGCUCUUCCACUUCCAGGCAGGAGAGGACGAUGACCCCGCCCUCAUUGACUCACUGGGACCAAUGGACAUCCCUGUCUUCAGGAACCUGUCCCUCAUCGUCCUGGCCGUGGGCUCCGUGUUCUCCCUCCUCUUCCACCUGGGCACCAAGGAGGGGGUUGGGGCUCCGGGAGGAGUGGGGGAGGAGGAGGAGGAGGAGGAGGGGGAGGGGGAGAGGAGGCCUCUCCUCAUUGGCUCCUCCUCUCCUCCUCCUCGGUCUCUGCUGCAGUGGAAGUGUUGGCUCCGCCAGCCUUCCUUCUACCAGGUGGCUCUGCUCUACAUGUGCACCAGGCUGAUAGUGAACUUAUCUCAGACCUACAUCUCCAUGUACCUCAUCAACACCCUGGGUCUGCCCAAGAGGUUCAUAGCCACCAUUCCUCUGGUCAUGUACCUGAGUGGAUUCCUGUCGUCGUUCAUCAUGAAGUCGCUCAGCAAGCAGAUCGGAACCGCGAUGACCUACUUCCUGGGCCUGCUGCUCGUGAUGGCCUUCUCCUAUUGGGUGUUGCUAGACGACCAGAUGGGCGAGCGGGUGUACGGCGCGGCCGUACUGUUGGGGGCGGGGUCAGCAACCAUACUGGUGAUGUCACUCUCCAUGACCGCUGACCUCAUCGGAGACCAGACGCAAAGCGGGGCGUUCGUCUACGGCGCAAUGAGUUUUACUGACAAGGUGGCCAACGGAGCGGCGGUCAUGGUCAUCCAGGCGGUGCACCCCUGCCAUACCAUGGUGUGCUGCCCCGCCUGCGUCUGGUUCUACCACCGCAUCAUGGUGCUAGUCACCGGGGGCGUGGCCGCCGCUGCCGCCCUGGGCCUCUGCACCCUCCUUAUCUGGCCAAUCAGGAUCCGGGCAGUACCGGUGGUUUCAGGUCUUCAGGGCCAACAGGCAGAGGAAGUGGCCUCUGAUAAUGCCUCCAGGGUGAACUAAUUUGCCCCGCCUUCCCGAUGACAUCAUCCUCCAUGGGUAUGUGUUCCUGUAGGGACCACAGGAGCCACUGGUCUCAGUGGGACUAAAGAACACUACCUUCACCUUCCUCUUCAUCCAAGUGUUGACGGAUACAGGGACCUUGUUGACCACCUGUUUACUAUUUAUCACUACGGUAACACAGGGAGAUGGUCACCUUGAGACCAAUAUAAUGUAAUUUACUCUGAGAUGUAUCCACUUUUUGGUAUUGAAUCUUUCAUGCUUUGUAUGUCCUUGUUUCACGAGCAUUAAAAGGGAAACUCUUUGUACUGAGA